AAAAAAAAAAAAAAAAAAUGGCAUCCCACCACCAAUCAACAACAGCCGUCGAACAGCAUGCCCGCGAAACUGUGAGGGAAUUGUUUGAGUUUAUUUUGGCUCAAGGUGAUGCAGACUAUAUUGGCGAGCCCAUUUCCCAACUCGAACACUCCCUUCAAGCAGCGCAACUCGCACAGGAGUCAGGCGCUGAUGACGAGACGGUCCUUGGCGCACUCUUGCACGAUGUGGGACGCUUCAUACCAGCCGCGGAUAAGAUGCCAAAGAUGAUUGCACCGGACGGGACAUAUGUUGGCAGAGCGAGCCAUGAGGUUGUGGGUGAAAGAUAUCUGAGACAGCUGGGCUUUGGUGAGAAAGUUUGCCAAUUAGUGGCAGCGCAUGUGACGGCGAAGAGGUAUUUAACUGCGGUGGACAAGGAGUAUUAUGAUGGCUUGAGUAAUUCUAGCAAGAAUACGCUGAGAAUGCAGGGUGGGAUUUUUAAUGAAUCUCAAGUCAAAAAAGCACAAGAAGAUCCUUGGUUGGGGGCAAAGCUCCAGGUACGACGAUGGGACGACCAGGCGAAGGUUCCAGACGUCAAGACCGCACCUCUUUCAGCAUACGAAGAUCUGGCUGUACGGUGCCUUCUGAAGACGGGUUCGAAUUUUUCAACGCCCACCGUCGAACUUCAUUCCACCAAAUACACAUUGCCUCAAGUCCCAACCGUUGUUGUCUGUGUCGAUGGAUUUGAUCCUGAGUAUCUUGAACAAGGAAUUGUGGAUGGCAUCCUUCCAACUCUCAAAUCAUUCCUGGAGAACGGCUUCCAUACAACAGCCAAAUGUGCGAUGCCUUCCUUCACCAACCCAAACAACGUCUCGAUAAUUACAGGUGUGCCACCGUCUGUCCAUGGUAUCGCAGGGAAUUACUUUCUCGACCCGAUUACGAAAGAGGAGCACAUGGUCCAGGACGACACUUUGCUCCGCGGCUCGACAAUCCUGCAACUCAUGGCUAGUCGCCAGAUCAAAGUUGCAGCAGUAACAGCGAAGGGAAAGUUGCGUCGCAUAAUAGGCCAUGGUUUAUCGGAUUCGAUAUGUUUUGCUGCUGAAAAUGCCGGCUCUUCUUCGCUUGCGGAAAAUGGAAUCGAGAAUGUAGAACGCUGGCUUGGUCGUCCUGCACCUCCACAGUACUCAGCGGACUUGUCCCUUUUUGUCCUGGACGCUGGAGUCAAAUUGUUACGGGAAAAAAAAGCAGAUUUGCUUUAUUUGACCCUGUCUGAUUUUGUCCAACACAAACACGCUCCGGGGGAGAAGGAGGCAAACGAAUUCUUCUCAUCGUUGGAUCAUCGUCUGAGAGAGCUCGUGGAGCUCGGUGCGGUUGUUGCAGUGACUGGAGACCACGGAAUGAGCGACAAGUGUACCACUGAUGGCGAACCGAACAUCCUAUUUUUGCAAGAUGAACUGGAGGCAAAGUUUGGACCAGGGUGCGCCAAGGUGAUUUGUCCUAUAACAGACCCCUUUGUUCGUCAUCAUGGCGCUUUGGGUUCGUUUGUUCAAGUGUAUCUGGAAUCACCCGACUUGUUGCCAAUGGCACUUGAGUAUUGCCAGUCUUUGUCUCAAGUGCAACUGGCCCUUGACGGCAAAGAAGGCGCAGAGCUGCUUGACAUACCACAUGACGGCGACCUUGUCCUCGUUUCAGUUAAAAACGCAGUUAUCGGUAGCCGAAAAAGGGACCAUGACUUGACGAAUCUGCAAGGCCACCGCCUUCGUUCCCAUGGCGGGCUUACGGAACAGAAUGUUCCAUUGCUCAUGUCACAACCGGUGAAGGAUCAAGCUCAAGCUGCGGCAAGGGAUUGGCACAAUUAUGAUGUUUUUGAUUUGAUACUCAACUGGUGAUACUUCCCUCCUAUUAUGCCGUGUGGGAAGGUCCUUAAAAGUCAAGAGACCACGGACCAGGACCUGACACAUCAUGAUGCGAAGAUAGAAUGUCAAAGUCCCCCAUGUUGUCAAUCCAUUGGAAGCUGUUCACCAAAGGAUCUGUUUGCUGGGCGUACUCAACAUUCAUUGAUGAGCUAAGAUUCAUUUGUGCCGCUUCCUGGGACUUUUUAAAUAGUUUCUCUAUUCCAUCCACGAUGCAGACCAGCAAAUGUUGCUCGUGCAUGGGUACCGUAACCUGUCUGAGGACUGUGACCGUCUGCUCAACGAGAUCCAACAUCUUGGUCGCGUCGAUUCUCACGAUAUUAGAGUAUUUGGUUGCGACUUUGAGGAGAUAUACAACUGCAAAAGCAAUCAUUGUAUCAAAGUAUAGCGGUAAUCCAUUCAAAUGCGCCUGAAGUUCUCCGUCAGAUACAAUAACACGCAGUAUAGAUGUAGCUGAGAGAACUGCGGUGUUAGCGAUAUCUUCCAGAUCCUGCGGAAAGUCAC